CUCCGCUGUGAGCACCACCAGACACGCCCCCGCGCUCGCCACGCAGACCACGCCCAUACUCCGCCGCAGCCGGAGGCAAUCUACAAUCAACGCACCUGGCUAUGAUGAAGGACGACAGGAUAAAGAGCCUCGCCGCUGACUUCUUUUCGUCGGAACGUAGCUUUGUGCUCAUCACUCGAGUCUCAGCUUCCGCUGUGCGCCUCCGCUACUGUUUUUUCCCCCAGGACAUUGUUUGCCCUCCUGCUCCUGCUUUGGACUUCCGGACACCUCUCUCCCGCCUACGACCCCGCUCGGACCUUGGACCUCUUGGCCUCUUUCCCUUUGACUUGGACGCUACAUCUCCAACACGCACUCCAACAAACCUUACGGUAUUUUUAUACGGUUAAUUCUCACACAUAGUUUUCCAUUGACACACAUAGUAGCAUACACACCCCAUGUACUCAUCAAGCACUCAAUAAAUCUGUUGAGCUUGAUCUGCUGUUGCCGUGCCGUCUCCUUCACCCCCUUCCUUACAUAACAGUACGUUCCGACCAAGAUGGAACCAGACGGCACCCCUAAGUCUCCGGCCGGCCCUCUGUCUCGGACUUCCCCCGCAACAGACCUGUCCACCAUCCAGUCUGUCCUUCAACAACAUCAGACCGGGUUCUCGUAACACCAAGGCUGAUGAACUCUCUCACCAGUUCUCGGAGGAACCCACCUGCAACACUCCAUAAGAAACCAUUCUUCCCCCCUCCAGGAUUAUCGGCAUGGUCACUUGGAAAGUGGAAGGUCUUGUCCAAGACUCCUUGAAGUUUUGGACUGAGGGCACUCCAGUGUCUUCUCCUGCCAUCCGGGAUUCCAACGCACUCUUUCCUUCAUCCGCCGGCAGUUCUGGUGGCCAUCCAUGGCUAACGAUACCCGUGAGUUUAUCGCCGCAUGCAGUACGUGUGCACGUAAUAAACCAUCCCACAGACCGCCGGCAGGACUGCUGUGUCCUCUUCCCGUUCCCAGUCGCCCAUGAUCUCACAUCUCUAUGGAUUUCAUCACUGGCUUUUCCCUUCCCAAGUCAACUCCGCUGUGAGCACCGCCAGACACGGCCACACUACGCCGCAGCCGGAGGCAAUCUACAAUCAACGCACCUGGCUAUGAUGAAGGACAACAGGAUAACGAGCCUCACCGCUGACUUCUCUUCGUCGGAACGUAGCUUUGUGCUCAUCACUCGAGUCUCAGCUUCCGCUGUACGCCUCCGCUGCUGUCUUUUCCCCCUGGACAUUGUUUGCUCUCCCCGACCCUUGACUCCUGCUUUGGACUUCCGGACACCUCUCUCCGGCCUACGACCCCGCUCGGACCUUGGACCUCUUGGCCUCUUCCUCUUUGACUUGGACACUACAUCUCCAACACGCACUCCAACAAACCUUAUGGUAUUUACAUACAGUUAAUUCCCACACAUAGUUUUCCAUUCACACACAUAGUAGCAUACACACCCCAUGUACUCAUCAAGCACUCAAUACAUCUGUUGAGCUUGAUCGGCUGUUGUCGUGCCGUCUCCUUCACCCCGUCCUUACAUAACAAACAUUGCCUCAACUUGUGAUUUUAUGAAUUUUUUUUUCAAUUUUUCAAUUGAAGUCUUCUUUGUAACCGUGACACACUGUAAUGUGUGGUCACAUACAUAGUAAUUAUUAGAG